AUGUUUCCCAGCCCCAACAGCACGUCCACUCCCUUCUCUGUAAAGGAUAUAUUAAACCUGGAGCAGGGUCAUGACGUUUCUUCUCGCAUGGACUGCUGCACCGUACCAACCUCCACCUCCACCUCCUCCUCCUGCAUGCUUGCCCGGCUGAAGCAGGAGCCUCUCCGGAACAUGUCGUCCGCCGCCGCCUCGCUGUUCGGAGAAGACCUUUACGAGUCCAGGGGCGGCAGAGGCAACGCACUCAGCUUUGCCACGGCCGUGUAUGGGAAAUCCCCCUUGGAGACGGAUAUAGUGAAAGAUGGGGAAUCAGACGCGUUUGAGGCGAAACGUAGAAAAGAAGAGUUCAGUUCUCCGAACGGGCCCGGGGAGGACAUCAAAGCCGAGGACCCGGAUCGAGCCAAGCCCCGGAGACGCAGGAAGCCGCGCGUGCUCUUUUCGCAGGCCCAGGUGUACGAGCUGGAGCGCCGCUUCAAGCAGCAGAGAUACCUGUCCGCCCCGGAGAGGGACCACCUGGCCGGGGCGCUCAAACUCACCCCGACCCAGGUGAAGAUCUGGUUCCAGAACAGGAGGUACAAGUGCAAGCGGCAGAGGCAGGACCAGAGCCUGGAGAUGGCGUCGGUGGUGCCGCCGGCCAGGAGGGUGUCGGUGCCGGUGCUGGUGCGGGAUGGGAAGCCUUGUCUGGCUGCGGAUACAGCCACCUACAACCCCUCGUACAGUAUGGGUCACAUCAGCCAUUUCUCCUAUAACAACUACCCGGCAUUCAGUAACUACACCGGUCCCAGCUGCAACACAAACUAUGCGUGUAGUUAUCCUGCAGGCACAAUGCAAACUAUGCAAGGAUCCUCCAGCAACGGGAAUUACAUGAACUUUGGGGUGGGGGAUCUGAAUAAUGUCCAGAACACAUUCUCCUCCGGUAAUGGGGUGUCUUCGUUACAUGGCAUUAGGACAUGGUGAACGGGUGAUUAUUUAGGACGGCAUGCAUUUUAUUUCAAGGUGUGGAAAGGUUUGUGUAACUUAUCUUAUAUUUAAAUGUUUGACUAGUUUUCUGAGUGU